AUGGCAGCCGAGUGCCAGAGCUGGGGCUACACAGAAAUCAGCUUCCUGGAAUUCUGCUACAGUUGGACCAUAAGCAACUUCCAUUUCUUCCUGUGGGAAAGCAGCGAAGCCAUUAAAAGCCCAACCUUCUCCUCGGGAGCCAGUGACAAAGACCAGUGGUGUCUGAAAAUACACCCGAACGGGGUCGAUGAAGAGAGCCAGGAUUACUCGUCGGUUUACCUAUCGUUGCUCAGCUGCCCAAAGAGCCCAGUAUGGGCAAAAUUCCACUUUUGGAUCAUCAAUUCCGAAGGAGAGCAAACCCAAGGUAUGACGAGCCUAAGAUUCUAUAUGUUCCAGCAACAUCAACACUGGGGAUUCAAAAAGUUCGUCCGUCGAGAUUUCCUUCUUUCCAGGGAGCCUUGGCUCCUGGAAGACAAUGAGCUGAGCCUCCGGUGCUGGGUGACUGUGGUCAAAGACACCUUCGACAUCCCUGAUGAGGGCACGAAGCCAGAGUUCCAGACGCCAAGGUGCACGUUGGCAGAUGAGUUAGGAGAGCUGUGGGAGAAAUCCCUCUUCACAGACUGCUGCCUGGUGGUAGCUGGCCAGGAGUUCCAGGCUCACAAGGCCAUCUUAGCAGCUCGCUCUGCGGUUUUCAGAGCCAUGUUUCAACAUGACUUGGAGGAGAGGAGAACAAACCGCGUUGAGAUCCACGAUCUGGAGCCCCAAGUCUUCGAGGCAAUGAUGGGCUUCAUGUACACCGGAAAGGCACCAGCCCUCCAAGGCAUGGCAGAAGCUGUGCUGGCAGCUGCAGACAAGUACGGCCUGGAUCGGUUGAAGGUCAUGUGCGAGGAUGCCUUGGGCAGGGACCUCUGCGUGGAGAAUGCUGCCCAGACUCUCAUCCUGGCUGACCAGCACACUGCAGGGCAGCUGAAAACCCAGGCACUGCAUUUCAUUACAGCUCAUGCUUCCGAGGUCUCUGAGACCUCAAGCUGGAAGACAAUGGUGGGCUCAUUUCCCCAUUUAGUGGCUGAAGCAUACAGCUCCCUGGCUUCAGCUCACUGCUCCUCACUGGAGCCCCCUCUCAAACGCCUCAAGCAAUCUUAG